AUGCAGCAGAAUUCUGAGCCUGUCCUCAACAAUUGCUCCUCUUCCAAGUUGAGAGUCCGGACUUACUCUCGGGACAUUCUACUCCCGAGGAUACAAGAAUUCGCCUUGGAAGCCUGGGUUGCUUACUCCACCCCACUACCAUCCAACCGCAAGCAGCUGUUAUCCUUAUUUCUGAUGUGCUGUUGCAUUGCUGUGUCCAUUGGAGGCUUCUUCUAUUGCUGGAUGUUUUCUUCACUGCAGUAUUCUCUCCAGUUCUCUGCCACAACUGCUCCAGCCAUUAGUUUUCUGGCCUUGCUGACCCUCUUUUUGGUGCACCCCAUUCGUUGCGUGUUCACUAUUACUGUGCCUACAUUAGGGACAAAGCAAGGGCGGAGGCUGCUCCUGUCUGCCUGCUUCAUGAUUGUAGCUGCCAACAUAAUCCCAAACAUCGUGGGCAACAUCACAUCCAUCCUACAGGUCAUUAAAUGCAUCUGCAAGGAUUCUUCCGAGAACCUUCUGACCUCGACUGUUCUGUUGGAUGAGGCUUCGUGGGACUUCAGUCACUCUCUCAAAAAUGUGAUUGACAACAUGCCGGACAAACUAGGGAGAUCUAGAGAUAGCUAUGUUCAGUUUGAAAGCCGCAACAACAGCUUCCUACUGAGUCAGAAAAUGACUAGCGCUAGCCAAGGGAUCAAGGAAGAUUUCUUGGAAGUUGAAACGCUGGUCCAGAAGGUCAUACUGUUUGCCAACCGGGUGACUGCUGGCUUCUCCUUCUUCUAUCUCAUUUUUGAGUCUGCUUGGUACCUGAAGAGCUACCUCACAGAUCUACAAUUUGACAAUAUUUACAUUACCAAAAAGCUAGAAGAUUUGGCUCGGGAGAACAAAGCAACUCACUUGCUGGUUUGCUCUCCUAAGAAGCUGAUUAAAGCGACUGGUCUCAAGCUUUCCCGAGAGGAACUCAUGAGUUGUUUAAUGCGCAUAUUUCUUCUUACUUUAGUGCUAAUAGUGACACUGGUGAUUAUAGCAACAGACUAUAUUGCCUUCCAUUUGGCACAAGCAGCUGUGACUGAAAUGGCUCAGUUUCCUGCAGUGCCAAUUAUCUUCUGGAUAAAAUAUGAUGCCAGGCUAACGUAUAUAAAAUUUCUGGAAGAUGUUUUAAAUAAAGUCAUUUCUACCAAACAGUCCUUAACUCUCUUUGAAAGGAGUUACCAUCAGAAUCUGACCUUUGCCUCUGAGAACUGCUCUGUAAGGUGGCUGAAUCCUCCAAACACAGCUGUGACCCUUGCUGUUGGGCUCCUCUAUUGCAUCAUUUACGUCACAACAUUUCUGGAAACAUACUCCCACCGCCUAUGCCGAAAGAUUUCAGCCUCCUUUUUUGAGAGACAGGAAGAGCAGAGAGUUCAGUACCUCUACCGGAAGCUUGUCAGGAAACGCAAGAAAAAAGAGCAACAGCAGCAGCAAUCAACAGUAUUUUAUUAAAUUGCUGAAGGGGGCAGGGAUUGUGCUUCUAUGGCAGAAGGUGAUAAAAACUUGAAAAUGCUCCUAUGGUCGUUUUUAAGGUACACUGCAAGUUCCAACCGAUUUGGCUUCGUUGGUCCUCAUGGAAUUCAGGGA